AUGAAACUAAAACCAUGUUGCAGCAACUCCUCCAAGGACAACAGCUCCAAGGGAAACCAUAUGUUCGGAGAUUUGAGCACCAAGUACGAUAAUGUCGCAAGCCAUAUGAGACAGAUGGACAUUCAGAUAGCUCAGACUGCUGAGAAUGUCAAGAGGCAGCAAGGUACUCUACCUGGUAAAAUAGACAAAAACCCCAAGGAGUGCAAUGCGGUUCAGCUAAGGAGCGGGAAACAACUUUCCGAGCCAGAAAGGAGGAGGUUCACCGCGGUUGAGAAAGGGAAGCAGAAAGAGUCAGAACAACUGCCAGCCGAUCAGGCAGAUGAGAGGAAUACAGAACCAGCACUUGAAACAAGUUCGCCAGGGCCAGAACAACCAGCUGAAGCGGUGCGCCCGAUCCCAGAGGUUGUUCCUCCUCGCGAAUACAUUCCUAAGGUCCCUUACCCUGUUCCAGCAAGUGCCACUCGUAAGGACAAAGAGGAAAUGAAGUGCAUGAAGAUGCUGGAGGACCUAACCGCCCGACUCCCCUUGAUGGAUUCAUUCCAGAUGAUGCCCUCCAUGCGCAGCUUUAUGAAGGGAUUGAUCGCAAGAAAAAUAUCAGAGGAGAGCGAGUUCAUGACGGUUUCCAAGGAGUGCAGCGCAGUGCUUCAGAACAGGCAGAUAAAGAAGCGAGGAGACCCCGGCAAAUUUUUCCUCUCUAUCCAGAUUGGGAAGACAGUUUUUGCAUGCUCCUUGGUUGACCUUGGAUAG